AGUCCACCUCCGCCUCCAACUCCGCAUCCACAUUUCCUCGAUCCCUGGGCACUGCACUUCUCCAACCCAGCAUGGCGGCCUCGGGUAGCAACUUGGCUGUUACAAAAGACGGCGAGGCUUACAAUAAGCUAUCGCGACCCGACGGCUACCUUACAUCGACACAGCCGCCUCUGCCAUCCGCCUUGGCACCCUCGCCAGCAGUUGCUAGCAGCAAGAGAAAGUACGAGCAGGAAAACGCGUCCGAAACAAAGCGCGCCAGGAUUGAUCGUAAUGGUCCGCGUUCCAAAGGUCAGCUGCGCGCCCACGAGCAGUUUCGGGAGCCAGGCGUGCGAUCGGCGCUCCCAGGCCUUGACGGAGAAGAGCAACUGUCGGACGAGUCGAUAGAUGAAGCAGUGGCAUACCUUAGAAGUGUCAGGUCUGAGGCCUCAACAAUACCCACCCUUCUCACAGCUCCGAACAACCCGCACGGCGCCAACCGCGAUCAUGGCAACGCUAAAGGAAUCUCGACAAACAAGUAUAGUGGAAGCUCGCGACGAGUCGUGUACAACGAUGGGACCUGGGUUGCUUUAGAAAGCGAAGGCGACGGUGAAUCAGAGUACUGGGACGAAGAUGCAGAUUAUCUCGAUCCUCAGGAGAGCUCCCAAUGGGCACUUGUUCGGCGAUUCUGUAACCUCCGCAGCAAGCUCUCUGCGUUUCGUGAUCAUAAGCCGCUGCCGACAAAGACCAUGGGUCCCAGGAAAUCAAGACGCUCCGAGCAGUCCAACAAGUACGAGUGGGCAGAAACCAUUGACCGUGGCUACCCCGAAUUGAAGGAAAUCACUCAACUAGACGAACCGACUUUGUAUGUGGCGUUACAUGGCUGCACACUCGCUCUAGAUCGAUCAACUGAGAUCUCGCGCCAGAAGAGCUGCUGGAUUUGGACGUUACUGGCCUUGACGGGAGAUUUCGGGACUUUGGAUCAUGAGAGAAUCGGCAAGAUCCGGGAUUUAGGCCUUGCUGCAAGCCGACUGGCCAAACGACUGCAAGCCGAGAGGAGCUCGAAAGAGCAGAGCACUCUAGAAGCCGAGGACUCUGUGCAUGUAGUAAAGGACACACCCGACAUGGAUAGUAGCGUGGAGAGUGGAGAAGCCGUGGAUGACAGCGCGGAAGAUUCUGGUGCGGAAAUGGUGAUUUCAGAAGACGAAGCAGAGGCUGCAGAGACUGCAGAAGUUGGAGACCUUGAAACAGCCAGAGCACGCCUCCUUGCACAGCUCGGGGACCGUUUGGUGCAUUCAGAGGUACCUUCGUCAGAACCAUCUUCCACGCCCAAAUUCCAUAUGCUGUCGCGAGCCGAGGCCGAAAGACAACGGCAAGAAAUGCGCAACCAAAAGCCGCAAAAGGAACACUCUACACCCAUCCUGACCCCUACUUCGGACACAACACGAGCCAGGAAUCCAGCACUAAAAAGCACUCCCUUGACCGAGAGUGAGCUGGAGACAAAGGCUGCUAUUGACAUGAUUUUGACUGUAGUAGCGGAAUGCUACGGGCAGAAAGACCUGUUCAAUUUCAUCGAGGCGUGGUGAG